UGUGCGUAAAAAGACUUACACUUGUAAUAUAUUUUUAAAAUGAAGUUUAUAAUCAUAUGACUUAUUGUAGGCGGAUGAUCGGCAUUAUAAAUUAAAGUUAGUUUUGAUGCCUCGUAUUACUUAGACCGAUAGCAGGCUGUAUUUACCGGCUUCAUUACAAUAACGUAUUAACGUGAAAAUGAAGGACCGCAUAACCAGUCUGUGCAAACAAAAAUAAGGAAGAAUGGAGUCUAGGGAAUAAUAUUUAUCCCAGAAUUAACAUAUUGUUUUUUAUGAUUGAACAUUGUUUUAACGAUUGAAUCCGUUCGAUGAGGAUUGUCUUCAAUAUGCAGUCUGUUACUUAGACAGGAUUGUUCGUAUUUUAAAAUGUCUGGAAAAGGCGAAAAGACAGAGAAAACAUCAGGUUCUCGGAUGUUGAAGAAGGUUCACUCAUUCAAGGAGGACUUUAAAGGGCUAAUCAAGCGCCGACCUUCAACCUCUGGAACCCAUGGCUCUGUAGGACAAGGAAAACCCAAGAUACAGAUUAAUGGAGACAGAGCCUGCUCAAAUGACCCAGAUCUACAAAAGCUGCAGACAGAAGUGGAGAAUGUGAACAGGACUCUAAAGUAUAUACAGGCUGUCAUCACCCAGGACAAGCUGCAGAUUGUGCCCAACACCGCCACGGUUGUCUUGGAUACAGUCAAUGAUGUCUUCCUCAUUCUCAACAACUUCUUUAUGACUCAAGAAAGCACCACAUUGACAUCACGUCACAAUCAAGUCUGCCAGAGCUUAGCACAUUUCAUCAAAUGGGCAGAUGAUCUUUUAAUACAAGGGCCAAAGGGCUUAAACAAGGACAAUGCAUACACUCUUAUUACUGCACUCUCUGAUGGUAUUGAGGAACUGUACCAGAUCUGCCUGGACAAGUGGGAGGACAGGACCAGCCUCACAAGCCCCAAGUCUCCCAAGGGCUUCCUGCCCAGCUCUCCCAGUCCAAAAAGAAACUCCCUCCCUGACCUUCCUCUGACACCCAGAGAGCAGGAAAUCCUGCAGAAAACCAGUGAUCUUGGUCACUAUGACAACCAUGGGUUACCAGUGUCACGGUCAUCUGAUAGUUUUGCCAAGGGCAAUGGAGUGGCCUUCCAGUUUCCAACACAGCUAUCUUCACCCCCACCUAAACCCCCUCUACCUCAGAAUGCUAGUGUUAUUGUUCCACAGUUGAUCAAGAAGUCUCUGUCAUUGGAUGAAACGGAUGGUGAUGUCCCUCCACCAUUACCGGAUAAAACAAAGCGUAAAUCUCAGAUACAGAACAUGCUGGAGAUGGUUUCGAGUGCAGGUCUCCAUGAUGACCUGUCUCCCAGGGGCAGCCUGAGUCUGGUGGCGGGCUGCAUGGGGCUCAGUGAGGGCAGCCUGCAGAGUGCCAUCUGUGGGGGCCUGUCCCCCGCCUCCAGCUCCAGCUCGGGCCUCAACCACUCCGCUGAUGACCUCACUGCUGGGCGCAUCUCACAACUCACCAUGCCUACCUUCUCAAAAACUGUCUCCGACUCUACCUUAGUGAAAAAGUCUUCUGUCAUAACAAGUUCCCAUUCAGACUGCAUGAUGAAUCAGAUAAAUCAACUGACCCAAGAAAUGAAUGAGAUAAAUCAACUCACCCAAGAAAUAGACAAGUUAACCAAAAUGACAGAGGAUUUUCAAGCCAAGACACGAAGGAAUCAGGAGCAGGCUGCAAUUAACAGCAAAUCUGUUCCACCCCUACCAGAUAAAGCCAGUAAACUGAGCCGGCACAUUUCACAUUAUGACAAUGUUCCAGAUGGUGCAACUCUUGAAGCAGCCAUGCUCCAGCAAGUGAGUGUUACCAAUCGCACGGUUAUCAGUCGGACAGUGACCUCAAGGUCCUCUCAGAUAUCGCAGUCGUCUGAGGCUAGACUGUCCUCGUCCAGCACCAGCAGCACGCAGUCUUUCAGUGGCAUGCAGAUACAGAAGUCCAACACAGUCUCAUUCACCCAGCAGAUCAGUUCCCAGGAGGAUGCAUACUCCAGCUCUGGCUCGUUCUCCAGUGCCAGUCAGUCCAGUAUGGACAGCAUACCCAGACCACCACCCCUGCCUCCCAAACAGAAACACAUUCAAGCGUACAUGCAGACCAUUGGUGCUUACACGCAGCCUCAGGGUGGUAUAGACUACAUCUCUCGGCACAGUAUGAACUUCUAUGAAGCCCAGUGGCAGCGGCACCAAAUGGAGGUCUCUCACAACCUGUAUCCCCGCUCCAACACCAUGAGCGUCAUCUCCGACCUCAGCUCUGGGUCCUCUUUAGGGGGCAGCACCCCAAGCAGUCCUUCUAUACCAGCACUGCCGGCUAAACGACGGUUUGUUGCCAACAGGGACAGUCAGCUGUCUACUGCAUCCAGCCAGUCAGACACCAUGGCAGACAUGUUCAGAGAAAAGUCUACUAGUCUUCUUGAGCCAAACUUCAAUUUUCAAGAUAUGGAGCAGAAACGUGCCUCUGCUCCUGCCGGUCAGCUGGAGGCCCCUACAUUGUUGGAGCCAAGCAGGGUCACCGAGAAGUCAGACAUACCCAGGGACACAGACUCGGAUUUCUCUGAGCUAAAUCCCCUCGAUGAUGUAGAUGUCUCAGAUCAGUUGGUGUAUAAAUCCCUUGAUGAAGAUGGCCCAGAUAUCCGUGGGGGUUCCGUGGACGCUCUCAUUGUACAUGCUACUGCUGCCAACAAAACCGGCUCCAACAGUGACCUGAUGAACCAGAAAGAGUUCAUGUUUCAAGAGGCUUUUUUGACGACCUACAGGACGUAUAUAUCCUCGCAGGAGUUGAUGGACAGACUGCUGUAUAGGUUUAACAAGUUCCAGUACUCCCCAGAUAUAGCCAGGAAGAAGUCUGCACGCAAUUCUCUCUUCCUGCUUAUUCGGGUCAUUGAUCUUAUGAGCCUGCUGGAGCUGGACAAGGCAGUGAUAGCCCGCAUGAUGGAACUGGUGUUUGAGCUGCUUUGCCAGGGAGACUUGAACCUUGCUCGCAUCCUACGUAUGAAGCUCAUUGAGAAAUGUGGUGCCAAGAAACACCAGGAGUUAUCUGCCUUGUCACAAAACACGCCACUAUCUUCAAUAUCUCUUACUUCUAGUGUUUCUGACUUGCUGCACUUCAAGUCACAUGAGAUUGCUGAACAAAUGACACUCAUUGAUGCAAACCUUUUUCAACAAAUUGAGAUACCUGAGGUGUUGUUGUGGGCCAAGGAACAGUCUGAAGAGCUGAGUCCCAAUCUUACAAAGUUUACUGAACAUUUCAACAAAAUGUCUUACUGGUGCAGGACUAGAAUCUUACUUCAGAAUGAGGCAAAGGAAAGGGAAAAGUACAUGGUGAAAUUUAUAAAAAUCAUGAGGCAUCUUCGAAAGAUGAACAAUUUCAAUUCUUUCCUAGCCUUGUUAUCAGCCCUGGACUCUGCCCCAGUUCACAGACUGGAUUGGCCUCGGCAACAUAUUGAGGCACUGAAGGAUUUCUGUCAGCUGAUUGACAGUUCAGGCUCUUUCCGCUAUUACAGACAGGCAUUGGCUGAGACCGAUCCACCUUGUAUACCAUACAUUGGAUUGAUCCUGCAGGAUCUUACCUUCAUCAACAUCGGCAAUCAGGAUCUGCUUCCAGAUGGCAGUAUCAACUUUGCCAAGCGAUGGCAACAGUUUCACAUCCUUGACAGCAUGCGACGAUUCAGAGACAAGAAGUGUAACUAUGAGAUUAAGAAGAAUGAGAAGAUAGUGGGCAUGUUUGACAGUUUUAGUGACUACAUGGGUGAGGAGGUGCUGUGGCAGAUCUCUGAGGAGAUCAAGCCUCGUGGGGGCAGGAAGAAAGUGGACACUGAGCUGUGAGCCCACACAGACAUGUAGCAAAUGGGGGAGCACCAUGGGAACUUCCAAGGGGGUCUGGGAAAGGUGGGGGCUCACAAUGGGGGAUCUGAUAGUUGUGAAGAAUUACCCUUGUUAUGCAAAGCUGAUGUUUCUGAGAUCGUUACAAUUCAUAGUAGGAUUACAGACAAGAUGUCUGAAGAGCCAUGCUGCCCAGAAUUCAUAGAAGGAUUACAGACAAGAUGUCUGAAGAGCCAUGCUGCCCAAGAAGCAAGAUGGUUAGGUUUGUUACAUCAUUAAUACAUGUGAUUCCAGCUAUCAAUGAGCGUUGUUAACGUUUCUUACCAAAACCAGUACUCUUACAUGGGUAGCAAUUAUUUCAGAUUUAAACCUUCUUUGCCAAAUCCAUACUGAAGGGUUUUGUACAUCUCAGUAAUGUUUUACAAAUUCAAGCACCUGCUGUUAGUAGAGUUGAUUGUUUCCAGACUUUGUUUAAUCAGGCAAUAUCUAUUAGCAGUUGUGAAUUGUCAAUUCAUUCAAACCUACCUUAAUUACACUUUUUAUCUCCCCUGCCAAAGGCUGAGGGAUAAAGCAUUGGCGUUGUACGUUUGUCACAAAGUUUUCAGGGUUAUAUCUCAGAAAAUAUAUAAGAUAUCAACAUGAAACUUUAUGAGUGUAUUUAUUUUAUUUAGGAGAAGUGCCAUGCUAAAGAACCAUAACCCAUAACUCUCUUAAAUAAGAGUUCUUGCUCUUUGUUUUUUUUUUAUGAUGUAAUUUUUCAAGGCUAUAUCUCAUAUACCAUGCAAGAUUUCAACAUGAAACUUCAUGGGUGUAUUGAUAUCAAUGAGAGAGAAGUGUCAUGCUUAAGAACCAAAGCUUACACUUUCUAAAAUAAGAGUUAUUGCCCUAUGUUGUUUUGUAUUGUGCAUCUUUUUAGUGCUACAUCUCAGAUACGAUACAAGAUUUCAACUUAAAAUUUAAUGAGUAUAUAGAUAUCUAUGAGGAGAUUUGUGUUGCACAAGAAUUAUAACCCUACACUUUCUUACAUAAGAGUUAUUGCCCUUUGUUGUUUUGUUAUUAUGAAACUUUUCAGGGCUAUAUCUCAGAUCGAUACAAGUUUUCAAAAUCAAACUUUGUGGGUGUAUAUCAAUGAGGAGAAUUGCAAUUCAUAUAAACAACUGACCCUACACUUAUUUUUGUUUGGGGGAUUAUGCUGUAUAUUAACGGAUUUGCGCCCAUCCAUAAACAAAAUUUAUUUUGCAGGUGAUAUCAAUUCAAGGUAUUUGGUUUUUAUGCCCCCGGAUCGAAUGAUUGGGGGUAUAUUAUUUUUGGCCUGUCAUAUCGUAAGUUCAAUAAUGGUAUGGUAUCAAUUAAUGCUAAUUAAGACAAUCUUCUGCAAGUUUCAUUCAAAAUAUAGUGUUAUGCCAAUUGGUGCUUACUGACAGUAAAGAUAUCUGCUCUAAUGUGUGACAAACAAGGUAUAAUUUUAUUGCGCCCUUCUGGGACAAAAGGACGUUCAAUUUUAUUUUGAAACAUUGCUUACUGGGUAUGUAUAAAUGUUGAAGUGCAAUAUUAAGGUUAUAAUCCAGUGUUUUAAUUGAAAGGCCUUUUAAUUAGUUAGCAUAUAUCGUUUAUUGCAUGCAAUUCUGUCAAAGCUUGUUGUAUUGGUUAUAUUUAACUUAUAUUGUAAAAUUCAUUUGAAGAUUCUGUGUUGUAUGUUUUUCAAAACAUGGAUUAUUUUAUGUCAUUAAAAUGAACAUCAUUAUAUAUUGUUUGGAUCAUCAGUUAAAAAAAAUAAAAUAUUAUAAACUGUUAUUAACUUGAUGCACUUAAAAUACCAGAUGUUAAUGUCCUCAUGAAGACAAGGUCAAUUUCUUAAACCUCUUUGUGUUGAGCAAAUGUAUAUAAACAGUUUCCUUUGUUAGAUAUAUAACUGUAUGCAAUCAUCCUUUUAGCUCAACUAUUCCCAGUAUAUUUUGAGCUAUGCUACUCACCCAAUAGUCGGUGUGUCUGCAUAAUGCUCUGCUUAAGGUAAACAUGCAUUAUCUCCAUAGCACUGUUCUUUCUACAGGUAUUCAAUUAAAACUUCAUAAAAUAC